AGGGGGGAGGAGAGACUGGAGACAGAGGGGGAGGGGAGAGUGUGUGCGGCUGCGAGCAGUACUGGGGAGGAGAGAGUGCUGCUUGGCCGGGCUGUGUGUGUGAGUGCGCUGAGGGUGCGGCUCCCAUAGUGGCACAAUAUACCCUACACUCCGGCUCACCCUUCAUGACUCGUACGGGUGUCACUAGGAGGAGCAGUGAAUGCAGCGGGACCCCUGUCCCUACACGGCUCUCUCUCUUCCUACACCCCCCUCCCCUUGCCUGUUUAUUCCCCUGACCCCCACUCUCUCUCUACUCCCCGAAACGUGGACCUGGAAUCCCGUCCCUGGUAAAGAAUUGUCCUUUGCUUCUCUCUAAUUGGGAUGUUUCCAGCCCCCUCCCAGGAUUAAGGAACGGUGAAAGCAUUGGAGGGAAACGAACUUGAGCUCAUUCGGUUUGGAACUUCUACAGCCCCUUUGUGAUCCUCUCUCCCGGCCUUCGGGUUUGUUGUUCUCUGGCCAUCUCUCUCUCUCUCUGCGGAAAAUUCUAUACGUUUGUGGGAUUAUUACACCUUUCUGGAUUCUGAGAAGAGAAAAGCUUGUUGGAUUUACAAUAAACUCAAUGCAGGAGGAAGUGGAACAUUACACUGAAAUAUCUAGCAAACUCUAAUAAGGGCACCUGCUUAGACUGCUGGCUGGAUGACUGAGUGUCAGGAAGAGGUUCUUGCUAGCAACCUGUGAGUCGGAAAGAAGAACCCAGGAAGGAACUUGUAUUCGGAAUGUUGGCUUUGCAAGCUCAGGGAAGAAACAGCACGGAGGAAUCAACAACAGAGAGUGCCUGAAAAUGACAACAAAAAGGAACCUGCUGGUGCGCUUGGUACCGUGCCGCUGUCUGCGGGGGGAGGAAGAAACUGUGACCUCUCUUGACUACUCUCACUGCAGCUUGGAACAGGUGCCGAAGGAGAUUUUCACUUUUGAAAAAACCUUAGAGGAACUUUAUUUGGAUGCCAACCAGAUUGAAGAGCUUCCCAAGCAACUAUUCAACUGCCAGUCUCUGCAUAAGCUGAGUUUGCCAGACAAUGACCUAACAAUAUUGCCUGCAUCUAUAGCAAAUCUCAUUAAUCUCAGGGAACUAGAUGUCAGCAAGAAUGGUAUACAGGAGUUUCCAGAAAACAUAAAGAACUGUAAAGUACUGACCAUCGUGGAGGCAAGCGUCAACCCUAUAUCAAAACUUCCAGAUGGAUUUUCCCAGCUGUUGAACCUUACUCAGUUAUACCUAAAUGAUGCUUUCCUUGACUUCUUGCCAGCAAAUUUUGGCAGGUUAACGAAACUUCAGAUUUUGGAGCUUAGAGAAAACCAGCUAAAAAUGUUACCAAAAACUAUGAAUAGGCUUACUCAGCUCGAGAGGCUGGAUCUGGGAAGUAAUGAAUUCACAGAAGUGCCUGAAGUACUUGAACAACUGAGUGGUCUGAAGGAAUUUUGGAUGGAUGGCAAUAAAUUGACAUAUAUUCCAGGGUUUCUCGGCAAUCUGAAACAACUGACAUACCUGGACGUUUCAAAAAAUAAUAUAGAAAUGGUGGAAGAUGGAAUCUCUGGGUGUGAAAGUUUACAGGACCUCUUAUUGUCCAGUAAUGCAAUACAGCAGCUACCAGAAUCUAUUGGAGCACUUAAGAAAUUAACUACACUGAAAGUGGAUGAAAACCAAUUAAUGUACUUACCGGACUCUAUUGGAGGUCUUACUGCCAUCGAAGAUCUAGACUGCAGUUUCAAUGAAAUUGAAGCCUUACCAUCCUCAAUUGGACACUUAAUCCAAAUUCGGACUUUUGCUGCUGACCACAACUUCUUAACACAGUUGCCUCCUGAGAUUGGAACCUGGAAAAGCGCUACAGUGCUAUUCCUUCAUUCCAACAAGUUGGAAUCUCUCCCUGAGGAAAUGGGUGAUAUGCAAAAACUCAAAGUCAUCAAUCUUAGUGACAACAGACUGAGGAAUUUGCCCUUCAGCUUCACAAGGCUUCAGCAGCUCACUGCUAUGUGGCUUUCAGACAAUCAGUCUAAACCACUCAUACCACUCCAGAAAGAAACUGAUCAAGACACCCAGAAAGUUGUUCUUACAAACUAUAUGUUCCCUCAGCAGCCAAGAACAGAGGACGUUAUUUUCUCAUCGGACAAUGAAAGCUUUAAUCUCUCUCUCUGGGAAGAGCAGCGGAAGCAGCGGGCUCAGGUCGCCUUCGAGUGUGAUGAAGUCAGAGAUGACCGGGAAGCUCCAGCACGAGAAGGGAUCUUGAAGAGGUACCCAACACCAUACCCAGAUGAGCUGAAGAACAUGGUGAAGACUGUUCAGACCAUUGUCCAUCGGAAAAAAGAUGAGGAAAAAGCAGAAGAAGCCAAUAAAGAGACAAAGCAAACCGAUGGUGAUCUCAUUACACUGCAGGAUGUAGGUGUAAAGACCUCGGAGGCAAUCUUGGUAGAAAUUGAUACAGAGGAUAAGGAGAAAAACAUGCCAGCAAACUGUAUAAAGAAGCUUCAUGAACCCAGCACAGAGAAUUCUAAUGGGAAUUCACAGUCAACCACUCUUGUAAACAAUUUUUGGAAUGCGAAAACAGCCAACCAUGAAGACACACUUGAGGGAUCAGAAGACUUAUCUUACGAUGAUGAAAUGAAGAUGGCAGAAAUGAGGCCACCUCUAAUAGAGACCUCCAUGAAUCAACCAAAAGUAGUAGCCUUGAGCAAUAACAAAAAAGAUGAUACAAAAGAUGCAGACUCCUUGUCUGAUGAAGUGACCCGCAACAGUAAUCAGAACAACAGUAAUUGCUCCUCGCCAUCUCGGAUGUCAGACUCUGUCUCACUAAACACCGACAGCAGCCAUGAUACUUCAUUAUGUUCUCCGGAGAAAGAUUGCAACAUUGGGGCCAAUUCGAAAAUAAGACAAGAAGAUGAAAACUUAAAUAACUUUAUGCAAAAUGGAGACAAGCUGAGCCCUGCUGAUAAAAGAGAACUAGCUGAGCUACCAGAUAUAAACAACGACGUUGAACUAGUUACGAGAGACAGACGAGUAAUUAACUCCAUGGAAAAGCCACUUAACCUAAACCAAAUAAACAAAAACAACAACAACGUCGCUUGUGAAGAUAAAAUACAUUCUAACUCUGUGGAAAAUUCCGUGAUUUCAAAAGAUAGGGUCUCCAAUAAAAGUUUUGGCAAUUACAAUGAUGAAACAGACAACAUAGAAAAUGGGAAUAAAUUCUCUGGAGUCUGUGUGAUGAAUAGAGUAAACGGCCAUUUGCCUGAAGAGCCAGUGUCUCCAGACACCAGUGAGCCGGUAAGGAGCACUUCAGAGGACUCUGUGCCUUCUGUUGAUAUGUGCAUCUCAAAGAGCACCGAUGACCUGUCACUUGGGGACAGUGUGGGCUCAGUAGUGGGCUCAGUAGUGAAGUCUCAAAGCAUCACAAACAUUGAGACUGGAGCACUAAGGAUCUACAGUGUCCUCAGCGAUAACAGUGCACCACAAUAUGCUACAAGGAUGUCUUCUGCAAGUGCUGAAGGGCAAAAUAUUGUCAGAAGUAAGUCGGCAACUCUUCUUUGUGAUCAGCCCUUACAAGUGUUCACCGGGUCGUCCUCUUCCUCUGACUUAGCAGCAUCGUCAUCCAUAAAGAAAAUGCUGUUUAAAUUUGAUACCAACCACAAUCCUGAGGGGCCAUAUGCAGUGGCAGGGCCCCAGGGAUCUCCAAUGUCUGCUGUGCCUCAAUAUAAUGUGCAGUAUAGCACCAGUGCUACAGCCAAAGAUAACCUGUGGUCACAGAAACAAAGUGCCCCUGUUGAACAAGGAACUUUGCCUUCGUCUCGCUUCCACCCAUCAGAUAGCAUAGAUAACCCCAACUAUGUCAAACACCCUUCUAACUUGAAUUUUUCCAAUCACAACAACGUUAGAUCAAGUAACAUGUAUAAUGUGCAUCAAAGGAUGGGGCCUAGGCAUGUGGAAGCGUGGGCCCCAACACCAAAUGAUCGGCUUCUUCAAGUAGCGACGCGAAGUACACUUCAAAGACAAGGCAGCGUUUCUUCAAAUGCAUCUGUAUCUCUCGGGGAGGCAGGGUCUGCUAGAAGGGUGCUUGUGCCAGAGGGGGAUUAUAUGACUUACAGAGAUCUACAUACAGUGAGCAGAGGAAAUCACAUGAUGCCUGGUCCACAGAGACCAAUGUCUGCCAGGACAUAUAGUAUUGAUGGCCCGAAUGUGCCCAGGCCGCAAAGUGCACGGCCGUCCAUUAAUGAUAUUCCUGAGAGAACAAUGUCUGUCAGUGAUUUUAACUACUCUCGGACUAGCCCCUCUAAAAAGCCAAAUGCCAGGGUGAACUCAGAGCAUUCGUUAUUAGACACUCAAGGAAGAAGUAAAGUCCCUCAUGACUGGAGAGAGCAGGUCUUACGGCAUAUUGAGGCAAAAAAGCUUGAGAAGAGCAUGCUGUCUAGGUCCUUUAAUUCCACUUUCAGUGCAACUAGCAGCUCUCUCUAUGGCAGCUGUAGAGAUCUGCAUGGCAGCCAGGGCAGUGUUGCCUUGAGUGUUGCUCCUGACAGAAGAGCUUCUGGUGGGCACAUACUACGUUAUCCUCAGCCUGGCAGUGUUGGAGAACCUAUGCAAGAUGACGUGUUUGUAACCGGGCAGCAGAGUUAUCCCACCAUUGCACGCAAGGAAAGCACAGCCGACAGUGUGAAAAAGAUGCACAUGAGCAAUGGACAGAUGUGCCAACCAUCACGGCCUCAAGCAAACUAUAGCCAACUCCAUCACCACCCAGCCCAGCCGGUAGGAAGACAUCCCUCUAGGGAGCAGCUCCUCGACUAUUUUACACUUAAAGUUUCUCAGCAGCCUACAUAUUACCAGAUACCCUGUUCUCCAAAGCAAAAUGAGCUUUCUUCUCAAGAGAUCCGUGUAAGACUUGUGAAAGAUCCUGAGCUUGGCUUUAGUAUAUCUGGUGGCGUUGGAGGUAGAGGAAAUCCUUUCCGACCAGGAGAUGAUGGUAUAUUUGUAACAAGAGUUCAGCCAGAAGGUCCAGCAUCCAAGCUAUUGCAGCCCGGGGAUAAAAUAUUACAGGCAAAUGGCUACAGCUUCAUCAAUAUUGAUCAUGCCCAGGCUGUCACGUUACUGAAGAAGUUCCAGAAUGCAGUGGAGCUGAUGGUUUUACGGGAUGGCUCUGUAUAGGAGAGGAAAUGAAUGGUGUCACCCCAGCAAAAGCCAGCAUGUCUUCAACAAAUCAAUUAGCAUAAAGAUAUUAUUUUUCUAUGUAUAUAAGUCAAAUCAACUUGAACAAGAACCAUGGAUUUUGAUAUUGUAAAGAACUAAGUAGCAAACGUGGUUUAAGGGAACAAACCACUGUAGAUAAAACAAUGUAAAAUGUCUCAGUUCCCAACAUGGGCGUUUGGGUGUUGAAUGUUGCGAUCAUUUUUGCCUACAAGAACAAACCUGUGUUGUUUUUGUACAGAAUGUAGGUUUAUUUUUUGAUAAUUCAUGCUUAUUACUUAAUGCUGUCAAAUAAUAAUGAGCCUCAAGCGUAGCACUCAGGCACAUGGCAGAACUGUCUCUCCUGACGCUACUUACGCCUUUAUCUACGCCUGAUAUCACUGUUCUAAUCCCAAGCCACUUUAGAGGUGGAACGUGAAAUAGCAUUCGUACGGAUGAAUAAAAAAAGAGUAGCUUUCCAGGUUGGCCAGAUCAUUUGUAACGUCAGUGCUUGCCAACGCAGGAGAUACAACCACUUCUUACUAUGAGCCCCCCCAGUGAGUGAAUCUGAGUAUAUUUAGAGCACCCAGUGCAUUUCCCUAAUAAACACAAUGAAAUGUUAUUUUUUUUUUUUAAUCAGUAGUGCUUUAUCUGUUUUUAAUCACCAUUUUUUUGCUACAUCAAAAUUUUUUUACUUUAUUUUCCGGGUAUAUUUUUUAUAGUAAGAAUGUUUUGCACCUGAUUUUAAUGUGCUGUAUCUGUUUUAUUCAUGGCAACAUAAUGCGUUUCUGGCUAAGCUGGCCUGUAUCACUGUAAUUUUAUUGUGGCCCACAGGGCGCCGAAGGAACAUGGCACUUUAAUAAGUCUGAAUUAUUAUUCUACCUGUUCUAUAAAUGAGCCACGUGCAUUUGUAUAUAGUGCCUGGAUAUUUCCGUGAAACAUUUAACCUUCCUAUCGCAGGUCAUUCAGCCUUGUCAUUGAGUUCUAAGAAAUGCACUCCUGGCUUUGGUUUCUGAGAUUACAUGGGGCUUCACUUCAGAACCUUGAAUCUGUAGUGUUUGGCGGAAGCUAGAUGCACCAGGCAAGAGGUAGAUUGUUUUCAUUAUUGCUUAAACGGUUUGCUUUUCUUAUGUAGUAGAAACUAAGUUUCAUGGGAAUUUUACCAUGGGUAGCAGAACAGCCUGGAGCUAGGUAACCAAAGUAUGCCUGUGAAAAUGUGGCUAAGGUAAGAGUAGGGCAGUGCCUAUUUGCUUUUACAGAAACACCUGGAAGCCCUGCUUAAAGGUCUGUUAGUGUAAUCUUUGGGGUCAAAACAUGCUGCCCUAGAUAUUCUUGCAACUAUGGCUCACUGACAGAUAUUCUCUAUCUGUAAACUUGUUAUGAGCUAAAUGGGGCCCUGGCCAAAGGUUGGACUUCUAGGGAUGGGGUUAAGCCAAAGUCCAACAACCACUGAGCAGAUAGAGAGAGAGCUUCGGUGCUUAAGGAGGUUCAUGGCGAAAGAGCUCUUCUACUGGUAACACUGUAAUGUGAACUAGGCUUUAUAGAGUAAUUAAAGGGUUUCUAACUAUACUGAUGAUUUACCACAUGCUGCCUUUGUUAUUCAAUAGUGUAAAUAUAUUUUUGGAUCUCGGUUCUUUCACAGUAAUUUUUUGCUUUUGUGCUUCGGCUCUUGUACAUUUUAGUGAAAUUGCAUUGCUUAAUAAUAAAACGAGGUUGCUAACGACCAGGGACAAGUGCCAUAGACGACCAAGAGCUGUUUGUUUAGGGCUAUUUCAUUUUUACACCGCCAUUACUUGCAGUUACAUUUCUUCUUUUUUUACUUAUUACCGGGGGGCUGUUUCUUUUUCUACCAGCACUGAUGACAGGGUGAGAUUCAUAGGAUCCAGCAAAGGAAGAUACAUGUAUCGGGUCUGUUGCACCUCAUGAAGUCGUUGCAAUAGUCGCCCACCAUUUUGCACUUUUUGUUAAGUACAAAAUACUUUUAUUAGGUUCCUGACUAAACGUUUUAACUGAAACCCUUUAACGACUCUUUGUGUAUUUUAACUUGUUUUAGCUGAAUUUGGAUUAUAUUUACAUAGGAAUUGAAUAUUUUGGUAUAUAAAUAUAUACACACAAAAAAAUGUCUUGUAUUUUCUUACCAAAUACACGCUGAGUGAAUGUUAAAUACUGAACAAAUUAUUGCUAAUCUUACUGUGUAUUUCACGCCUGAGAGGCCCUUAUAUUCUGUCAGUAGAGAUGCUUAAGUUUUACUUAGUACGCCCCAGAUCCAUUGCACCGUCAUUUACAAUAUUUAUUUUCUGUAUUGAGCUAAUCUUCUCUACGCUGCCUCAGUGCAUUACACGCAAUUUUCCCAUGCGAGAGCACAAUUCAUAUGAACUAAGGGCAAUGGUCUCUAAUUUGAUUGGACAGUAACUCAUGUGUAAAUCUGUGAGCUUGAGAGAUGUAGGCACACUGUCCAUUGCAGUCUCAGGGGCUCAAAUUCCCCAUAGUUGAUAGGGUUGCCACCUUCCUAAAUUAUUUUUACCAGCCGGUGGGGCAGGCAGUGGUGUAAAAAUGGCAGAGCUAUGACAUAGGGGCUUAUUGAGGACAAAUUAUGCAGAGGAUCAGGGGGUGGGCUGGGCUCAUCUUGAGAGUAUUACAGAGCUAUUCAAUUUGUAAUAUCGGCCCCAGCCUUGGCAGGUGUUUUACCAGCUAAGCCAGUACAAGUACAGCUAGGCCAGUACAAGUACAGCUAGGCCAGUAUAAUACUUGUCGGGUGGCAACCCUAAUGGUUGAUCACUUUAGCACACCCAGUGCUAGCAUAACCUGCCUUCUUAUGGAACCAUCAGGAUUUCUGUGGGCAUCCAGGAUAGCCAGAUUUUAAACAUAUAAAUAUAUAGAUAAAAAUGUACUGGAAGGAUUCACGCACCUUACAUAAAUAAUAAAUACAUUUUACAUAACUAAGACGUAUUGCAUAAUAUUCCCUGUGCAACAUUUUCUGUUAUGGACUGUUAAUGGGAGGCACUGAGUUACAAUGAUAGUGUGUGUAAUGUGUGUAUACACUGUAUAACACUGCAGAUCUAUGUACAAUGAAUUGUGGUAGGCAGGUAAAUGGCCUGGCUUCUAUCACACCCAGCUAUGCAGAUACGUGCUGAUUCGGAGCACACAAUAACAUGCACAUCACGCAGCAGAAUUACCAAGUGUACGUCUUUUCUUUUUUUCCACAGCAUAUAAUGGAAAAAAAAGUCCUUCUGGGACCGAUCAGAUGGAAAGAAAUCAACAUCAUUUUAAUUCCCUAUUUAUUAUGUAAAUAGUCUGUCACUUUUUUGACUGGAGUUUCAGAGAAAUAUGUACAUAGUUUUAAGGCCUUGUACGAACGUGCGGAACAUAGCAAUAAAGGACAAACAACAUCCAGCUUUUAGAUAUGCUGUGCGAAUUUUUUUUUUUUCCUUGAAUCAUUUUGUCGUAGGUGGCUAUGUAAUGUUUUAAUGAUCAGCAUUUAUUCAACAUUCCAAAUUUUUGUAUAUAAGUAAACUGUUUCUUUAGCAACACAUGGAAAUUAGCAAAUAAACGAAUGCUCUUUCAGA